AUGACCUUCUCUGUGAAACUAUUCAUAUUAGCUUUUCUAUUUUGUUUAUGGCAAUAUAACCCUAACUAUCACAACCAUCAUGUGACUGCUUUAGGCACAUCAUACAAGGGUGUCGAAACUAAGAAGAGAAGUACCACCCCUGGUAUGGGUGUAAAAACAUCACUAAAAUCCAAGUGGAGUGAUGAUGAUGGUACAUCAAACAACAACAACAACGAUGAAGUCAUCCCUUUACCGAAGAAAAGAAUAGGCGGCUCCUUUGAUCAAAAUGAUAAAAAAUUAUAUCACCGAUUCCAUGCAGCAAGAAUUGGUAACAAUGAACGCCCCCGAACGGAUAAUGAUACAUCAUACCACACCUUCUUAAAAAAUCGUUCAGGUGUAGUAGACUGCAGUUCCUCCAUGGACAGUUGCAGUUCCUUAUAUAGUAGUAGCAACAGCAGCAGCAGCGGCCGCAGUUCCUCCAUGGAUAGCAGUUCCAUAGAAAGUGUUCAUUCACUGUCCCCAAGAUGCAGUUCCAUGGACAGCACUUGCUCCAUGGAGAGCAGUUCCUCCAUGGAUAGUCUCUUUGAGGAGCGAAGUGAUGACUAUCAUUAUGAUGAUUAUUCAACAAAACCACAUACAAAAAAUAAAGCACAAUGUGAAGCAAGAAUAGGGGAAUUCCAUACCCCAGGGGUAUUCCAACCCAUGAACAUUCGACCUAGGCGAUUUUUUAAUAAACUGUUGUUGUCCACCACCACCAUACUCGUGGCCCAUUUGUGGUUUUGCUGUUGUUUCUUUUAUGGUAUGUAUUCUAUUGAGUGUACGUUUAGGAACGAAAUGAACCGUACCAAACAGUACCAAAACGUACCAAAACGUACCAAAACGUACCAAAACGUACCAAAACGUACCAAAACGUACCAAAACGAACCAAGCCGUUUGGGAGGAACCGUUACGAACCGUUGUUUAGGGGUGGAAGGAAGGUUGUUAGGGUGCUGGUAG